AUGGCUAAAUCCGCGACGGCCCAAAGCCAUUCUACCCACGAUCCCGCAAUCGACAUGGUGGCACCACCAUCUCUCACCACCAUGCCACCUAUCGGACUCACAGCUGAGACCACUGCACCAGCCACCGCAGCUGAACAUGGUGGAACCUCCCAUCAAGGUGGGCUCAUUACCACCGUCGACUUAGGCCUAAUCUUGGAGCAACUCCAAGCGUUGCCUCCACGCUCAACGCACGCUCCCGCGUACACCUCUAAUGAAACCCUAGCCCAUGUGCAAUUGGGCUCUACGCACUUCUCUCCUCCCGAUCCACGAAGUCAAGCAGACCUUAAUUUGAGAGUUGACCAGCUAGCUUAG